GUAGCAAAAUGCGUGCGGUUGAUAUGAGAGCAUGAGCUAUAUAAUAUGAGCUAAAUAUUAAAUAAUGUGAUCUGAAAAAGUAACUUCAAUUAUAUAUGCAAUAAAUAAUUAAUUGAAACACUUGUUACUCAAAUAUGAAUUUACUGUCAUAAAUAUUUUAUAAUUGUGAUUUAAUUUAUUGUGUGGGUGCCAUUGUGUUUAGAUAGAAAUUUUUUAAAUAAUUUAUUUAGCCUAACUAUUGAAAUAUCAUGGAACAAAUUUUACGAGGCAGAUUUGGCCACAGUGUCUUCAUCAUAUCCAAGACCUACCGGCAUCCAGUGUCUAUGAUAAAUACCAGGAGUUUGAUGACAAAAAAACUCAGUGUAAUCUAUCGACCUUUAUUGUCAAAUCCUCACACCCGGUAUUUUAUAAAUCCAUCUCGUGGAGCUCAUCUCAUGGUAAUUGGUAAAGUUUUAAGAGGAGUUUUAAAAAUACGUUACCUUUUACUUGGUGGCGCACUUGGAGGCGGUAUAUCGCUUCAAAAGAAAUAUGAGGACUGGAAAGAAGGCUUACCAGGAACUGAGUGGAUUAGAGAUCUUAUACCAAGUGAUCAACAGUGGCAGGAAUUUCGGAGUACUUUAAUUGAUUUUAAGGAUACUUUUGCUAAUAAUUUAGAGCUUGAUCCUCGGAUUAAAGAAUACGGCGAAGCUAAAUUUAAUGAGUAUAAGUCGUGGCUUAGCCAAAGACUCGAUGAUGCAAUCCAAGUCGCUGAAAUUAGGCGAUUAGAAGAAGAAGAAGAUAAUGGUGAUUCUAAGAGUGUAUUCGAAGCAAUCACAGCCGUUGCAAACCAAGUAUAUUCAGAUACAAAACACGGAUUGACAAAACAAACAGUCGUAUUUGCCCGUCCCUUGUCUAACGAAUAUGAAGAAGAAAGAAGAAAAGCUCAAUCAUCGAAAGAACGUAUGGAUGCGAUGCAGGAAGAAAUGAUGCAAACUCAAAUGAAAUAUCAGCGUGAACUGGAGAGGCUGGAGCGUGAGAAUAAAGAGCUUAGAAAACAAAUGUUACUUCGAGGCAAUCAGAAAGUCCAAAGUCGUAAAAUUAAAAAAUCACUUAUCGACAUGUAUAGCGAUGUGUUGGAUGAACUAAAUGAUUAUGAUAGUGCUUAUUCGACGGCAGACCAUUUACCUCGAGUUAUCGUCGUAGGAGAUCAAAGUUCUGGCAAAACCUCAGUGUUAGAAAUGAUUGCUCAAGCUAGAAUAUUCCCCAGAGGUGGUGGUGAAAUGAUGACUCGAGCACCAGUAAAAGUAACUUUAAGCGAGGGUCCUUAUCAUAUUGCUCAGUUUAAAGACAGCUCUCGUGAAUUUGAUUUGACAAAAGAGUCUGAAUUGGUGGACUUGAGACACGAAGUUGAGUUACGGAUGAAAAAUAGUGUAAAAAAUGGAAAGACUGUUAGUCAGGAUGUUAUUUCAAUGACAGUUAAAGGUCCAGGACUUCAGCGUAUGGUUCUUGUUGAUCUUCCUGGCAUAAUCAGCACAGUAACUGUAGACAUGGCUGAAGAUACUCGAGACGCUAUUCGACAAAUGACCCAACAGUACAUGAGUAAUCCAAAUGCAAUUAUUCUUUGCAUUCAAGAUGGUUCAGUUGAUGCUGAAAGGAGUAAUGUAACUGAUUUAGUUUCCCAAAUGGACCCAAGUGGUAAACGAACAAUAUUCGUCCUCACAAAGGUGGAUAUGGCUGAAGAAAAUUUAACUAAUCCAGAGAGAGUUAAAAAAAUUUUAUCUGGUCAAUUGUUUCCAAUGAAAGCUCUAGGAUACUUUGCCGUAGUUACUGGACGUGGUAGAAAAGAUGAUAGUAUUGAGACGAUAAAACAGUACGAGGAGAAGUUUUUUAAAAACUCAAAAUUAUUUAAAGAUGGUCUGGUAAUGUCUGGACAAGUUACAACGAGAAAUUUAAGUUUGGCAGUAGCUGAUUGCUUUUGGAAAAUGGUACGCGAAACAGUCGAGCAGCAAGCGGACGCAUUUAAAGCUACGAGGUUCAAUCUUGAGACUGAGUGGAAAAAUAAUUUUCCAAGGUUGCGUGAAUUAGACCGUGAUGAGUUGUUUGAGAAAGCACGUGGUGAAAUACUCGAUGAAAUUGUCAAUUUAUCUCAAUUAUCACCACGUUAUUGGGAAGAAACAUUGAUGAAUAAAAUUUGGGAUAAAGUCAGUAUGCAUGUGUUUGAAAAUAUUUAUCUACCAGCAGCUCAAACUGGCGAUCAAGGUACCUUUAAUACUGCAGUAGAUAUUAAAUUGAAACAAUGGGCUGAACAGCAAUUACCGGCAAAGAGCGUUGAAAGUGGUUGGGAAACUUUGAAGCAAGAGCUUGAAAAUUUUAUGAAACAAGCUAAAAAGAGUCCUGAUCAUGAUGAUAUUUUUGAUGAUCUUAAAAGUUCUGUAGUAAACGAAGCGGUUCGACGGCAUUCUUGGGAAGAUAAAGCAUCGCAAAUGUUACGAGUGAUACAGUUAAAUGCGCUAGAAGACAGGAAUGUUAAUGACAAGCGUGAUUGGGACGAGGCUGUUAAAUUUUUAGAGAAUUCAGUUAAAGAUAAAUUACAGAGUACUGAACAAAUUCUUUAUGAAAUGCUUGGACCUGGUAGAAAAGAGCGUAUACUCUACUGGAAGUAUCAGACUGAUGAACAGAAAAAACGGAUGGCUGUUAAGAAUGAGCUGGAUAAAAUUUUAUACGCUGACAAGAAGCAUCCACCAACAUUAUCACAAGAUGAAUCAACUACAGUAAGGAAAAAUUUACAACGUCAUAAUUACGACGUCGAUAAUGAUUUUAUUCGCACUACAUGGCAUCCUGUCUACAGAAGGUUCUUUUUACAGCAGAGCUUAGUGAAAGCUUAUGACUGUAAAAAAGCAUUUUACAUGUAUCACAAUGGCCAUGAAAGUGAGACUGAGUGUAAUGACAUAGUUCUUUUCUGGAGGAUCCAACAAAUGUUAAAAGUAACAUCGAAAGCUCUGAGACAGCAAAUAAUGAAUCGUGAAGCUCGUCGACUAGAUAAAGAAAUAAAAGAAGUCUUAGAAGAUUAUAGUCAAGAUAAUGAAGUAAAGCAAAAAUUAAUAACCGGAAGAAGAGUAGAAUUAGCCGAAGAAUUAAAGCGUGUCAGACAGAUACAAGAAAAACUCGAGGAAUUUAUUCAAGCUCUCAAUAAAGAAAAGUGAAUAGAAUAACCGGUGAAUUGUGUGGAAAAAAAUCUUAUACCAAACAAUUCUAAAUAAAUAAAUAAUUAGAAAACAAUACUAAGUGAUCGAUUGUUUGACUCUUGUGCCUGUGUAUUCAUACUUGACACUUUAAUUGAAUUAUAUCCAUGAUGAGACCUGAAAUAAAUUCAUUGAAUGUGUCCUUGACAUGUUGAAGUGAAUCGUGUAAAAAGUAUCCAACAGACAUAACUUCAGUUUAUUGUUAAUAACGGUUAAUAGACAUUAAGUAUCUAAUUCGAAUUUAUUUAACAACUUAAUACAGUUAGUGUGAUAUGGUGUUCACAUCUAGAUGAUAAAUUAAAUAAAAUCAUUCUGGCGAAUACACUGCGGGCAGUGCACUAAUAUUGUGCUGAGCUAAAUUACAAAUUGUAUCAUACCACGACGAACGUAGAUAUCUAAUAAAAACAUGUUUAUUUUACUUUAUUGUUUCUCAUACGCACUUUGUUUUUAGAGAAGCUAACCAAAUAAAUAAAAUUUUUCUUCAAAA